ACUGCGUACAGUGAGCUCGUGAGCUCCGUUCAUCAGUGAAGACAAAACAAGUCUGCAAACCCCCACAAUUGUGAAUUGACGGGACAAGAAACAGUCAAUUAUGUUCAGCUGACUGUGCGUGUUUUAUGCGGGAGAAGUGGUUCUCGUUCAAACAACCAUCCGAAGACAGGUCGGCGGCGGAUCGGCGCGUCGGCGGCGGAGGAGCAGAACCGCACAGAGAAGCGCGGUAGGAGAGGAGCCGCUCUGUGGCCGGAGAGAAGCGGUGUUGUUUUUCAAGAAAAGAGGAGCAGAAUUGAUCGGAUGUAUAAAGACUUGUUCCUGACACCACGGACUGUGGCUGGGCUGUGAACUAAAGAAGAGGGGUUUAAAGUUGUCACGGGAGGAAUAACCGGCGCACCCUGCACACAACGGGAUCCGCAUCUUAAUCAUUUGCGCUUUUUACACGGGAGACGCGAGGAUUUGUGGACAAAGUAGAAACCCGGUUAUACUUGUGGCUGCUCAAUAACGAAAGCACGUUUUGUCAGUUGAAAGUAUAUUUUUUGUUCAUAUGAUUUUUUUCCCUUCCUCAAUGUGGGGUGGUUCAAAUGAGCACGAGAGCGGAUUUACAUGACUGGGACAAGUUGUGAUUUUUUUUCUUUUUCACCGUCAACACAAGAAGCUGUUUGCUAUAAAACACACACAGUUCCUCCAAAACCAAAGACAUCAAUGUGCUUAAGGAUCCAAGAGACUUGGCGAGAGAAAUACCUCAUAAUUUAUUAUACCUGGAAAGUCAAAGCCCCGUUUGACCUCCCAAAGGAAAGUUACACAUUUGUGUGAAUGUGUUAGACUGUGGCUGCUGUCUCUUUCCUCUCAAUAUUUAGAAAAACAAACAAAAAAGGAAUAACAUCCGAACAAUCUAGCAACUAUUCCUGCACUAUCUAGCCAAGGCUUUAUCAUUUAUCCCAAAUAAUGAGGAUUGAGAUGAUAUAAAACCUGUUUUAGAAGCUAUCUGAUGUUGAUGAUCACCGCUACAAUUAUCUCAGCUUGACCUCGACCUUCACCAAGUAGCAGAGUGCAGAAGGUUGGAACAAUGCCAGAUUCACCUGCGGAUGUGAAAACCCAGCCCAGGUCCACCCCACCCACCAUGCCUCCUCCACCCCCGGCUGUCAGCCAAGCAACCAAUCGCAAUGCUUCAUGCACCCCGGCUACGAGUAAAUCAAUGCUGAAUGGGAGCAGCCACUCUCCUACAUCGCUGAACGGUGCUCCGUCCACGCCCAACGGCUUCAGUAAUGGGCCGGCAAUGUCGUCGACGGCCUCACUUUCCAACCAGCAGCUCCCUCCAGCUUGUGGUGCCCGGCAACUCUGCAAACUGAAGCGCUUCCUGACCACGCUACAGCAGUUUGGCAACGACAUAUCGCCUGAGAUUGGGGAGAGAGUACGCAGCCUUGUGCUGGGGCUGGUGAACUCCACUCUCACCAUCGAGGAGUUUCACUCCAAACUUCACGAGGCCACCAACUUCCCUCUGAGGCCGUUCGUCAUUCCCUUCCUGAAGGCAAACCUGCCCCUGCUGCAGAGAGAGUUGCUCCAUUGUGCCAGGUUGGCCAAGCAGACUCCAGCUCAGUAUCUGGACCAGCACGAGCAGCUCCUCCUGGACGCCAAUGCUAGUUCGCCCCUCGACUCCUCUGAGAUCAUGCUGGAGAUGAAUGAGCACGGCAAGAGAACGACCCCUGACAGGACCAAAGAGAGCUCAGAGAGAGAUGGGUUGCACCCGGAACACAUGGCCAAGAGGCCGUGCACCAUCAGCCCCAGUCAACGCUUCAGCCCCAGCACAGGUCUUCCUGCUCAGCCACCACCCAACGGCCUUCCCACACACCCUCCCAACGGCCUCCCCACACACCCUCCCAACGGCCUGCCCCUCCCACCCAACCCCCAAGUGGGACCCCAACACUAUCGCUUAGAAGACAUGGCCCUGGCGCACCAAUACAGAGACGCUUACAGACACAAUGAACACCGCGACGCCCGGGACCGGCUGCGGCAGACAGCGGUACAUGGAGCACGCCAAGAGGAGGUGAUUGACCAUCGUCUGACAGAUCGAGAGUGGGCAGAGGAAUGGAAGCACCUAGAUAAUCUCCUGAACUGCAUCAUGGAUAUGGUGGAGAAGACGCGCCGCUCUCUGACGGUGCUGCGCCGCUGCCAGGAGGCUGACCGGGAGGAGAUGAAUCACUGGAUUCGGCGCUAUAGCGACGUGGAGGAGAUGAAAAAAGGUGGGAGCAACGGACAGCACUGCCUUCCUCCUCCUCUUCCUCCUCCUAACCACAACUCCUCCUCCAACACAGCUAGCAGCAGCGAGUCACUGCCCAUAGGAACUCCCUCGGAUGCUGAAAGGCAGACAGGCAGACAGACAGAGAUCCACAGAGACUUCUUACACAGGCCUCCCUCAGGAUACCUGCCAGAAGAAAUCUGGAGGAAAGCUGGUACUACAAGCAUCCCACUCUCCCCAGCACUAAAGCACCUCCAAAACAGGCAGGAGGAGGCAGUGAUAGAGGUUAAGCGACAGGCAAUGUCAGAACUGCAGAAGGCAGUGUCCGAUGCUGAGAGGAAAGCCCAUGAGAUGAUUUCAGCCGAACGCUCUAAAAUGGAGAGGGCGCUGGCCGAGGCCAAGAGGCAAGCCUCUGAGGAGGCACUAACAGUCAUCAACCAGCAGGAGGACUCCAGUGAAAGCUGCUGGAACUGCGGGAGGAAAGCCAGUGAGACGUGCAGCGGCUGCAACACGGCUCGCUACUGCGGCUCCUUCUGCCAACACAAAGACUGGGAGAAGCACCACCAUGUCUGUGGUCAAGGCCUGCAGGGGAUGCCAGGGGGCAGCAGUGUCCCUCUAGGCACCCCCUCCAGUGCGCCCCCCACCCACUCGGAGAGCACUCCUCCAGGAGCCUUGUCCUUGGCAGGCCAGAGCAGUAUUGUGGGAGGGGCUGGCAGCGGCAGUGGAAGUGUCUCUGCCAGCCCCAAGGAGAGCAGUUCCAGCAGUGCCUCUCGCUCCACAACUCCAGCUACCCCCGCCCUACUGGAGGCCACCUCUCGUUGACGACGGACCUUUGUCCCUUCCUGCAUACUGAUGCGACGGUGCCCACACUCCACACAAAACCAAACUGAGGAAUCUUCAUUGCACACUGCUCCCUUUCCUCCUCCCCUAUUUCAGUCCUUAUUUCCCUCAUAUCCUAAGCUCUUCUGAAAAUCUUCUCACUACCUGAUGAUAGACUGACUCAACUAGUCACCUUCCCCCAAAAAUACGUGUUAUGUCUUUGUCUCCUUUACAACCACAGCCACAAAUACAAAGAUUCCUGCCUGGGGCUCAGUGUAGUGGAAAGCAUGACACGUGUUUCCUAUCUCUGUGUUCAGUCACAGAAACAUAUCACAUGUGUUUUGCUGGAAACAUGAGCUUUGACUUGAAGAUGUGGCUAAAAUGUGUCCUCAGUAAUGUAGGCACGUUAAAUACGGUCUGCAUGAGGACACAAGACAAGGGCAACAGUGAUGGGGGGAUGACUAGGCUGAAUAGCACUUGCAUUGGAUUUCCCUUUAAUUUAGCACCAAUGUGAAUGCAGUACUCAGCCCUUAGAUGUGCACUACCUGUGCAAACAGUUCACUGAUGUGGCACUUCAUUUGGAGUGUCCUAACGGAGACAGGCAAGGACAAAAUAUACUUUUUUUCAAAAGGAUGAUGGAAAGGGAAAAACCUGUGAUGCGAUUAAUUCCUCAGAAACACAGCUUAGUAUUUAUUCAAUGUUUCUUUCUGGCUUUAAGGGAAAAUAAAGAAAAGUCCAAAUAUUCUAAUUAAAGAAUAGUAGUGGUGAUGAUGCGGAUGAUGAUAAUAACGAUAAUAAUGAUAUGAAAAUGAAUUAAUUUUAAACUGCUAACUACCUUGCUAGCGAGCCAAGAAAAUCUACACCGGACUCACCUCUCUGCACCAUUGUGAACCCAAAUGAAUUCAAAGAUAAAUGAAACAUAACAUGAUCCAAACCUUUGUAUUACACUGCCAAAGUGAGUAAGUAAGCGAUACGGAGAAGCACUCAUCGUAUAACCAAACGCAAAGCAACAUCACCUCCUCAACAGAAAAGCCAACCCUGAGAGGUCCAGGCUGCAGAGACGCUGCAGAACGGGACCCAGAGGUAGUCAGACUGUGACCUGCUCUGAUCUGCAGCUGCCUCCUGUAGUCUGGACACAACUACAGCGAUUCCUCAGCGAUGGCCCAGACUAGUGAAUAAGGAACAUGCUGUGAACUUGCCUAUAAGAAAGACUUCAUGAAAUGGAUGGAAACCCUGCCACAGUGUAAUUUUGUUUUUGUGAAUUGUACCAGAGAGGACAGUGAGGAAAAAAGAAGAAAGGAAAAGCUAUACAGCCUCAAUGGAGAUGAUGAUACAUAAAUGGCAAAAGAGCUGCCAAAAACCUCAAAACAAGCUUGAAAACAUUGUCCAAGAAGGCUUUGCAUACUAUGGCUUAUGAGAAGAUUGUUUCUAAGUCUUUUUCUUUUUUUUUAAAGCUCCACAAGAAGGGGACAUUUUGAGGAAUUGGUAUUACCUUUACAUUCACUCCCUCCUUUUCCAAAGCAUGACAAACAGAUAAAAAGAGCCUUGUGAAGAGCGGUGUAGACUUGGUUCUCCUCUCUUUCUACCUCCCCUGACCCCACACCUCCCUUCUGGUGCUCUUCCCCAAUGACUUGACUCAAGUCUGCCCCUUCGGACAGAGCCGCGGAGCAGUCCCGUGGGAAGGGUUCGGAACCUGCUUGUAGAUAUUGUUCUUCUUUCAAAUUUCAAUAAUGUCUCUUGUCGCUGAUGUCCACAUGUGCUGCCCUUGUGUAUAUCCAGAAAGAUAGACUUUGUUUUGGUUUUGUUUCCUUUAAUUUUCCUCCUAUAAGUUUGGGCUGUGCGGUAAGGUCAGACCAAGGAGGACACUCACUUAUGAGAGGAAGCCCAGCAUUGUACUUAUUGUUUGAUUUGUUGUAUCUAUAUUAAUGAGAUGAAACCCCUCUUGUAGAAUAUUUUGUAUUGCUCACAUUGUAAGACAGUGAGAGGACGGAGGUGCAAUAUGAAGAGAAUUCAGCUACUGAAUGGAACCUCAGCAACUGCCCAUAGGGUGUCAUAUAAUAUAGAUACAUAUAAAUAUAUUUAAAGUAACAUCGGUAACUUAAUGUGAAUGUACAUAGUAUUUAAAGAGGUCCAAAAAUGUGUUUGCCAAAUAACAGAAACCGUUAAAGUUUAAUGUCCAGAUUAUGAUUUUUUUCACAGUACCUUUUAUUUCUCAAAUUUGUCAACCUUUUUUCUUUUUCUCACACAAAUUAAUCAAUUUAGAUUUGUCCUCAAAUCAAAGUAUCAUGUGACUCUGAGCGGAGGGGACUGUUGGUAACAGAGGUAAAGUGGCUUCAUACAAUGCAUAGCUGACAAUGGAUGAAAACAGAUCAAAGGUGGAUGGACACUAUGUGACACUAUAUUUAAUGAAUUAGGUCUUAAUUUACGAUAUUUAUACCAAGAAACUAUUUUUAUGUUUCAUUUUAAUCUUCCUAAUUUGUAUGCAAUGGUGCAAUUGGGACUCAAAGUUGUGUCAUGUGCUUCAUUCACCCCAGGUCAGUUUAUAUCCUGCAGGAGGGGACUCAACAGUGUGUAUUGACAAAGAAAAUCCCAAAUAUAUUCAAAAGUUUGAAACAAAAAAGGAUAAAGUCGUGGCUCAGUUUCAAAUUUAGCUCAUUCACAACAUAUUCAAUAAUUGUCAAACUUGAUAUAUCAUGUCAAGUGUUCUGUCUCUGCCACAGCAGUGACACUCUCUCUCUCUCUUGGCCCUCAUCAACCUCUGCUUGAGUGUGUGUGUGUGUGUGUGUGUGUGUGUGUGUGUGUGUGUGUGUGUGUGUGUGUGUGUGUGUGUGUGUGUGUGUGUGUGUGUGUGUGUGUGUGUGUGUGUGUGUGUGUGUGUGUGUGUGUGUGUGUGUGUGUGUGUGCAUGAGUGCAUGCAUGCGUGAGUGUGUGAGUUUAGGAGUAUUUGUUUCCCCUAAAAUACAGGGCAAGCCAUUACUGUAGGAUUAAGUGAUAUGCCAGUGUUAAGCGGAAGUAAACCUAAACGCUAAUUUUGAUACCCAAUCUUUGCAAUGUUUUUUUUUUUUUUUACAGAUUACUGUUUAUUUAUAAAAAAGGUUAGGCAUGAGCUAAAUAUCUAUUUCCAGGCCAAGAGAGUAGUAUCACAUGCUCCAGCAGUACGCCUCUGCUAAAUACAUAAAUGCUAAACAGUCCCCAGGCCUUUACUUAAAGCAACAGAGGGCCUGUAACAGCCACGCUCACACCAAUUUGUGUUUGAUGAUUGUAAAUGCUACACAGUUGGCCUCACACCCACUUGGACCAAACUUGGAAACAUGUUCAUCAAUAAAUGGAUGAAGUGAAUCCUUUUAUUUGGACUAUCUGAGACACAUAAUUCGAAUGGGAUAAGCUACGCGGUAGCCCUGCUACUGUGUGUAACAUUGUUUAAUGUUUGUUUUGAUCAUUGUGAUAUGGUGUUGACCUCAGCCUUUUUCUGUCAUUUCCUCUGUUCCCCCUGAUGUCCAUCUCCUCCACUACACCCAGACCAUUGUUCACACUAGCUACCUCCUGUGACCAUACAGCUAACCACCAGGAGAGGUUGACCUGGACUUUGAAAAGCUGUUGCAGACAUGGUGGCGCACAAUCAAACAGGAGUGUUCCGUCUAAAAAUUAUAAAAACUAAAUUGUUGAAAGGAAUUGCCAUUACCCAUGAUGUAGAAAAGUAUCUAUUCUCACCAGGCCUCAGCUGUUUGAUCCAUAGUUAUGAUCACAUCCCACUAACCAAACUGAUACUGCCGGAAUUUAGUAGUUGGUACACGUACUGUACAGUCAAGCUUGCAUACUACCAAACUGAACACAGAAUCAACCAUGACAUGUCAUUUGUUGUCCAAAACCAAUAAAAGCACAGACCAAAGUACUCUAUUGCCAUAAUAGGCUUUGACACAGUGUGUAUUGACAGACCAGAAAUAAUAAGGUUAGAGAUCCACUACACCAGUUAACCAAAGUGUCUGAAAUACACACAAUCAGGGCACAAGAGUGAAGAGCAUGUUUAAUGAACUCGCAGAGUUUCAAAUGUGUAGAAUUUUUAUUCAAGCAAUCAAAGCGCUUGUUGUCUACAUACUGAAUACUGCUUCUGUAAAAAUAAUAGAAGCAUCUUCGUUAGAAAAGCCUACUGAUUGCCUGUUUUUACAGUUACAAAGCCUUGCAGAGAUAAAAAAAAAAAAAUAGAAAAAAAUGAAUGCAUGUGUGUGUGUGUGUGUGUGUGUGUGUGUACAUGUGUUUGUGUGACUGGAGGUGUGUUUGCUUUUGUAAGAAAAAAUGAAAAAUCAUACCUUUUCUUCUUGUCUCUGUACAAAAUACUUGAAAAUUUCAGAGCUUUAAUGAAACAUCCCAGACGGACUAUAGUGGCAGAUCGAUUCACAAUAUGUAGCAACAGCUUUUGUGCAGUAAUCCGCAUCAAAACAACAUCAUAAUGACAGUUCCAUUCAACUCUUUAAUGCUUUGCGUGUGUCUCAUGUCUGCAAGUAAGCCCUCAGAUGAACUAUAACAAAGCCAAACCCAGCAGACCGCUUAUAAAUGACCAAAAUACAACCAAAAGCUACAACUUUCUCUUCUGAUUUCACUUUGGUUAUGUUUUUUGUGCUACGCCCCGGCAUGAGAGAACGUCAACAUGAUCGAUUGUGUGUUGGACAUGAGGCUGUAGUCUGUACAGGACAGAUCCAAUUGUCUCCCACUCAAAUUCUCCCUCCUGAUUUCAUUGGACAGGACACAAAAAAACAUGUUCUGUUCCGCCGGGUGCAAGCUUCAUUAAGUCGAAUGAUAUUUGUGCCGAGGUGUCAUAUACUUUUCUCUGUGAAGAUAUCAUAGAUGGCAAACGCAUAAGGGCUCUGAUGUUGUGAAUAUCAUCCAUGGGGUCUCUAAACACUUUACAUCAGCCACUUUUCUGUUGGUUUGACUAUGUACAUGAUAUGGGCAAGACGCAUGUUUAGAAAAAAGGCAAAUAUUAGCAGGUUGGCAUUUGUCUCUCCCUACCCCAACCAGUAACUCUACCAAUGAAAUUUCAACGCUCAUCCAAUGUGAUGGUGACACGUCCUUCCUGUGAAACAGGCACUGAUGAGUAGCUACAGUAGAAAGCUAGAGUGGCAAACAGUGGAUACAGCACUUGUUUUCCCCAAAGCCAUGGCUCAGGAUGGUCCUGUUUUUACCUUUACAUAAAUUGAAAAAAAGGUUUAUGUUUUUUUUUAUGUGUAGGGAAGCAUUCUAUACUGUAUUGUGCAAUACAUUAUUACAGAAAAACAUCUUUCUGUAGGAAAGUUUGGCGCUUUGAAGAACUUUCUCCUUUUGAUUUAUUUCCCUCUUCAAGAAGGUCCUGUUGCCGUUUUUAGAUGAAGUUAACUGUGCCAGAAGAAUUUAAUUCUGAUUUUUAUUUAUUUCUUGCAUGCUUUCCUCCCUGUUGCUAAUACCGCUCUUUAACUGUUCGCUCUGUUGGAUGUGUGAAGCUGUAAAACAUUCUAAUUCAGGUUAUUGUCUGUGUUGAACAAUGUAACUGUGUAAUUAAAACAUGAAAUGAAGUAUU